CCCAGGACUUGCAGGGACCCACCCUUGCAGCUCUGGAAGCUCCGCCCCGCAGGUCGGCUGCCUGGUUCCGCCCACCUGGCUACCGCCAAUCCGACUCCCCCGAAGGCCAGGAGCCCAGCCAAUGGCUGCCCUCUCCAUCCGUAGCCAAUCAGAGGAGGGGCCACUAUCGGCCCGACGCGGCCCGCCAGGGGCAGCCCUCCGAGGCCUUUAGGACCCGGGGGCGCCAGGCUGACAGCCCGACGGCCCAAAAUAGAACCCAGGGCCAGGCGCGGAUCAUGGACUCGGGGCGAGCCGGACGCCCCGGGGCAACUGAGGCCGCCCCGUCGAUACCGCCACCGUUCGCACACGUCGCCCCCUCGCUCUUCCUCGGGAACGCACGCGCCGCGGCCGCGCCGGAGCUGCUGGCGCGGGCAGGCGUCACCCUGUGCGUCAACGUGUCGCGUCAGCAGCCCGGCCCGCGCGCACCCGGCGUAGCCGAGCUGCGCGUGCCCGUGUUCGACGACCCAGCCGAGGACCUGCUGGCGCACCUGGAACCCACCUGUGCCGCCAUAGAGGCCGCAGUGCGCGCCGGCGGCGCCUGCCUCGUGUACUGCAAGAACGGCCGCAGCCGCUCGGCCGCCGUCUGCACCGCCUACCUCAUGCGGCAUCGCGGCCUCAGCCUGGCUCAGGCCUUCCAGACCGUGAAGAGCGCCCGCCCCGUGGCCGAGCCCAACCCUGGUUUCUGGUCUCAGCUGCAGAAGUAUGAGGACGCCCUGCGGUCGCGGUCGCGGUCCCGCCGGCGCGGGGAGCCCUCGGGUCAGUGAGCCCUGGUUGGUCAGCCCAGCCCCCAAAGCGGGCGCUGGGAGUUUCCCGGGAAGACGCAGUUCCUGCACUGACGGGAGGUGGCCUAUCCUCACGGAGUUUUCAUUUUCCGCAUGAAAUUUUCCCGAAAUGCCGCUCAUUUGACCGCGAUUGGGGGCGGAGGGGGGGAGGGUCCACUGAGGCGACUGGGAACUGCCCCUCCCCAGGUCAGCCUGCUUAUUAGACAGGGCUUGGUCAGGACAAUCAAAACCACUUAAACUGUAGGCAGAACGACAUUACAGGGAGAUAGAGGCAGGGGAGCCAAGGUCAGGAGAUGGGCGAGUUCAGGAGUCCCAGACCCACCGCCCUGAUUCUGGCUGCUGGCCACUCUGAUGUGGGAAAUUCUGGGACGACACGUGGGGCUGCUGGCAAAGUCUUGUGCCUGCCACCUGCUUGAGCCAGAGUGGCUUUUCCCCCACCUCCUACCUUAUUUACCUCCCCGUUUCAGCAGCAGCGCUGAGCCACCUGCAGGCCGGCCAUGCACCGGCCGCCCCUGCGUCUGGGUUGUUCACCCCUCUUCCGGCUCACAUGCACCUCACCCGGGCACCCGGCAGCCUAAAGACUAGAGCAGAAACUUUGUCACCGUCAGCACUUAAAUGAGACAGUGGGGGGAAAACUGGGUCUCACGGACGAACUUCAGAUACUAGAGCUCCGGGUUACUAUGUACAAGUACAGCACGUGACAAUGCAUGAAGGACCGCAGCCCGUGUCUCGUUUCCCU